AUGAACCUUUCGGAAACUUUGCUUGCCGACCGACAGAUCGAGAAACUGAUAACAGAUAUGCGCAUAAAGAAUAUUGGUUAUGGUGAAUUUGAUCUAAUAAAAUAUAUAGCGGAUGGAGGGACAUGUCAAGUAAAAAAAGCUUUAUGGACUAACGGAAGUAGUAAAAAGUAUGUCGUUCUAAAAUCAGUGAAUGCAAAGUCAUAUCAAGAGCUUGCUAGAGAGAGUUUCUUGGAUUGUCAAGUGAAUGGAUCCUAUAUGGUAGUUUUGGAGUGUGCAGAAUUGGGCGAUCUACGUAUAUAUUUAAAAGAGAAAUCCACAGAGAUCACGUGGAAAGAAAAGAUCGACAUUAGCAGACAGGUUUCGAAUGGUUUAGACUUUUUGCAUUCCAAUGAAAUCUUGCAUAGAGACCUGCAUACAAGAAACAUCCUUCUGUCGAUAAGUGACGGAAAAAUUCGGGCAAUAAUAACAGACUUUGGAAUGUCGAAAGUCCUGUCCCGUGAAAGCGUAACAUUUUCAACUGUCAAAGGAAUGAUACCAUUCGUGGAUCCAGUUAUAUUAAAUGAAG